CUGGAGCAGCGCCGGGACCCAGGGUCGGCCGGGCCGGGUCCAGGAAGCGGUUAGCCGGGCUCCAGAGCAAGUUCCAGGGCAGCCAGGGCUACACAGAGAAACCCUGUCUCGAAGAACAACAACAAAAACCUGGAGCUCUGUGAUUUGGUUAAACUGGCUGGCCAGGGAGCUACAAGAUCUGCUUGUCGCCCCGACUCUACUCCCCUGGGGUUGCAGACACACACCUCUGGCUUUUAUGUGGAUGUUGUGGAUCAUAAUUCAGACCCUUAUGCUUGCACAACAAGCGCUUGGCUGACCGAACCCUCUCCCCAGCUCCCCAGCUCCCUGCUGUAUUUCUUUACCCUUAAGCGAACACUCAGGGGCUCGGUUACUGAGUUCAUAAUGAACUGUAAUAUGUAGUAGCAUAGGUAGAUCAGACUCGCUUGUUCAUGAUUGUCCUGCUUCUCCUAUGCACAUUUGCAUUUAAGUUUCAAAUGCACUGUUGGAACUGCACAGACUCAGACGAACUCAGGGAGCACUCACUUUACAGUUCUGAGUCUUCUGACCACAAAUGAGGUGUCUCCCUGUUUACUUAGGUCUUGUCUCUUAUCUGUCAGUAUUGUUUUAUGAUUCUCUGUGCAGGCCUUUUGUUAAGUUUCUUAGUAAGUAUUUGUGUUGCGCAUACUCUGGUGAUAGCAGACUGAGGGUUCCUCUGAUGCUGUCUUUUCAAGAUGCAUGUUUCAGUUGAGGGGAGGGAAGCAGUGAGAUUUCUGUAGCAUCUAGGCUGUGACACUCAGGAGCAGACAGCUCUGUCCGUGUUAGGAGCUCUGUGGGUUUCCUCAGUGAUACAAGAGGGUCAGAGAGCUCAGAACUGAGGCUGGUCGGGGUGCAGGGAAGGAAGCGGGGUAAGAACAGAGCUGUAUGUGUGAAUGCUGGAGUGCUGGGGUUGGGUUAGGGUCAUAGGAAUGGAAAGGAAUGGGGAUUUGCAUUGAGACUAUGGGGGAGGGCAUCGACUCUGGUGACUAGGUGGAGGAUACAGUUGGGACAGAGGCAUUAGCAGGAAGAGGACACGGCUGCAAGGUGGCAGAAACCUGCAGGAUUAUCCAUGAGAAUACUCAGACCAUCAAGAAUUCAGUUACAGUAUGGGACAAGACUCCAUGGAGAGGAGACAGUGUUUUGCAGGUGUGUGUGACGGCUGGAAGGGGAGGCUCCCUUGAGAAAACAUUGACAGGCCUCCUGUCUCCUAGCUGCCUAGAGAUUGUCACUCUUGGACAUUGGAAGCUGGGACCCCAGGACUGACCAUACUCCUGGCCUUUGCUGCCCGCCUCCUUACACUAGCUGUGCUGACUGGAAAUGAGCCAGAGGACCGAGGGCAGCCAGCAUGGAAGAAGAGCAGGGGCUGCCAGGGGCUGCCAGGGCCCUGCUGCUGAUUGGCCCUGCCCUCCAUUCUCCUAGGCAGGGUGCCAGGAAGCUGGAACUUUGUUAUCUGGGUAAUUAGCUUCAGACCCUGGACUGAGGCCGGCCAGGUCUUAGGGCUACUUCCCACAGGCUGUGCACCCUGACCCCAAGAGGGAGGCGAGGCGCUGUGUACAGAGGCUUCUCAGCUGAGCAGCUGAGGUGUCAGACCGGCCUGGGGAACGACUGCAGGCUCCCCCCCCACACCUACACACCUUCCACCCCACCCCCUGCCACGCUGCCCUCCCUGCCUGGGCUCUGCCCCUUAGGGCAGCUGGGCCUGGUCAUAGUGUGGGGCCUCCCAUCUCAGCCUUGGCAGGGACAGAGGGCACCAAGUCUCGGGAAGGGGAUGCCCCCAAGGGUGCCAGUCCAGCCAGCUGCCCCACCCUUCAGGCUUGGCCUGGCCCCCCAAACCCGAAUCGUGGUGCCCCAAUCAGCCCUGUGGGCAGACAUCCACCACCAUGGCCGAGCACCUGGAGCUGCUGGCAGAGAUGCCCAUGGUAGGCAGGAUGAGCACCCAGGAGCGGCUGAAGCAUGCCCAGAAGCGACGUGCCCAGCAGGUAAAGAUGUGGGCCCAGGCUGAGAAGGAGGCCCAUGGCAAGAAGGGCCGCAGGGAGCAACCAUGGAAGGAGGUAUCUGGCCUCGGGCCUCGGAAGCAGGUCCUCUUCCCUCCCAGCGUCGCGCUUCUGGAGGCGGCUGCCCGAAACGACCUGGAGGAAGUCCGCCAGUUCCUUAGUAGUGGGGUUAGCCCCAACCUGGCCAAUGAGGACGGCCUGACUGCACUGCACCAGUGUUGCAUUGAUGACUUCCAAGAGAUGGCCCAGCAGCUCCUGGAGGCCGGGGCUGACGUCAAUGCUCGGGACAGUGAGGGCUGGACACCGCUGCACGCUGCAGCUACCUGCGGCCAUCUGCAUCUGGUGGAACUCCUCAUUUCACGAGAUGCAGAUCUCCUGGCAGUCAACACCGAUGGGAACAUGCCCUACGACCUGUGUGAGGAUGAACAGACACUGGAUUGCCUCGAGACGGCCAUGGCCAAUCGCGGUAUCACCCAGGACAGCAUUGAGGAGGCCCGGGCAGUGCCAGAGCUGUGUAUGCUGAACGACCUCCAGAGCCUACUGCAUGCUGGGGCCAGCCUCAGUGACCCUUUGGACCAUGGGGCCACUCUGCUGCACGUCGCCGCUGCUCAUGGGUUCAGUGAGGUGGCUGCCCUGCUGCUGGAGCAAGGAGCCAGCCUGAGCGCCAAGGACCAGGAUGGCUGGGAGCCUCUGCACGCUGCAGCCUACUGGGGCCAGGUGCACCUGGUAGAAUUGCUUGUGGCCCAUGGGGCUGAUCUGAAUGGAAAAUCUCUGGUGGACGAGACGCCCCUCGACCUGUGUGGUGAUGAGGAAGUAAGAGCCAAACUGCUGGAGCUCAAGCACAAACAAGACGCACUCCUGCGGGCCCAGGGCCGUCAGCGCUCCCUGCUGCGCCGGCGGACCUCUAGUGCGGGCAGCCGUGGGAAAGUGGUGAGACGCGUGAGCCUGACACAUCGUACCAACCUGUAUCGCCAGGAGCAUGCGCAAGAGGCCAUGGUGUGGCGGCAGUCACCACUCACCAGUCCAGAACCUCUAGAGGACGAGGACAGGCAGACAGAUGCUGAGCUCCGGCUGCAGCCCCCAGAGGAAGACAGCUCUGAGGUGGCCAGACCACACAAUGGCCAAGCAGGGGCCCCCCCGGGGAGGCACCUGUACUCCAAGCGUCUAGACCGGAGUGUCUCCUGUCAGUUGAGUCCUGCGGAGAGCGGUGCCCCCGAAGCCCUGGUCCGGGACAAGGCACACCACACACUGGCAGAGCUCAAACGUCAGCGAGCAGCUGCAAAGCUUCACCGACCUGCCCCGGAAGGGGUUGAGACCUUUGAGCCUGGCCUGCCUGUUGACACGGAGACCUCCCAGCCCGACUGUGGCUUCAGAACAACUGGGGACCCACCCCUGCUCAAGCUCACCGCCCCCUCGGAGGAGGCUCCUGUGGAGAAGAGGCCAUGCUGUUUGCUCAUGUGAAAUGUGAUUCCUCAGUGUGGCAGGGUUCAACCCCAUGGCCAGCCAGAGGUUUCCUCAUGAUCUCUGGCCUGGCGGCCCACUCCAGCACGUGCCCAGUGCUGUAGGGAGGCAGCACAGAGCCUGUACCCGCUUCCAGCCCAGGACACUGGCCACCUUGCUCAGGGAUGGACUAUGCAGAGCUGUACCUAUGGGCCUCAGGCCACAGACUGCUUAUCCUGUGACUCUUGAUAAAGGCGGUUUGCCACUGA